AGUGUGGAUGUUUUCUUUUUGCUCAAAAAACCCUUUUCCCGCCAGAUUGGUAGGAAACCCCCUUUCCUGCUAAUCUGAGCCUCAUUUGCAUACUCACUGCCAGCAAAACCGGUAGUGUAGACAUAGCCCUACAGCUUUUGUUCUUAAACCUGUUUUCCUGUUACCAUGGUGUUUUCUUUUGUCACAUUAAACAGAAAAAAACAGUUAAAAUGUAUUCUCUUUUCAUUUUUAUAGCUAUUUGUUUAUGUAACUUUAUUCAGCAUCCCAUUAUUUUUUAUUUAUAAACAGGGAGAUCUACAUAUAAAAGACUGAUCAUCAGAACACAUGAUUUGUUAGGACUAGUUCUUGAAGAACCAGAUCUUCUGCACUAGACAAAUCCUGAGCAACAGACAAGAUACCUAAAGAAGUGUGUGCAGUCAUCUUAUUUAGUCUAGUGCCAGUUCAUCAAUAGCUGGCAACAAUGCACUGCAAUUAGAUACAUUAAUCCAUAAUUCCUAAUGUCCUUAAUGAGGAUCCUUCAUGUCUUCAAUGUGAUAAGAAGGAGUGGAUAAAUUGACUUCCAGUUUAGCACCAAGAAUCAAAAGGAUCAAUUCCCUAGACAGAAAAAUUAUUGCCAUUGAUCAUCUAAAAUGCUGAGUAUUUUAUUAAGUAGAAAUACAGAAAACUUAAGAUUGAUUUUAUUUUAUUUUGUGCUUCAGUGUUCUCCAUUUAGCUUGUGCAUAUACUUGAAAAUAUAAACUUCUGCCAGUUUGUGCAGGAACAGCAGGUUUACAAUUGCUGAAAAGCCAGGCACAUAACACGCAACCUGGUCUAAAGCAGUUCAUGAUUUUUAGGUUUUUUGGCGCUCAACUGAGAUUAUAGUUUAUCAUCAGUAUUUCCCACAAGUAAACCAUUCAUUUAAGACCUAAAUUCCAGUGUCUGUAUAACAUUAGUUCGUUCUACAUGACCCUAUGUAGUGAACUGAAAAUCAAUUUGACCAAUCCAAGACAACAACAUGGUAACAUACGUGUCACCCCAUAAAUGAGCUAAGUAGUAUGACCAUUCUUAAGCAUUCCUGGAUGGUGUUUGGAGGGCCCUUCUUGUCUCUUUCUCUCAUUCUGCCAAAUUAACAUUUUGGUACUGGAUCAUAUCUGAGGAGAAACUGAUGAUUUAGAGACUAAAAUACUAGUUAAUUCUUUUGUAUUGAAGGCUGGCUGCCUUGCCUGCUAUUUUAUAAAAACUACUACUUGUUGAAAAUCAGGAAUCAGCAUGUUUUGAAGCAUUAUCACUUUGAAAUUGGUUCUAAAAAUACUUUCCCAGUACUGAAAAGGUACAAAUAGUAUAUAGAUGGAUCCCUUCUCUAUGGAGACAUGUGAGUCUAAUGUUUGAUGUAAGAUACACUGUAUCCCUAACUGUUGUUAAUGUCCCUUGUUUUAAUUUGUUAUGUAUUAGUGAAGGCGGAUAGGCAAAGUUUGAGUGAAAACUGUUUUCUGUAUUGAUUCAAUUAAAGAUAACGGUGGAGCCACUUACCCAAGUUUGCCAUUUCUACAAGUUUUUUUUUAAGAAGCUGAUCAAAACUGAACAAUAAUUCAUCUUGUUACCUGAACUUAAUGCAAGCUGCAAAAUAAAUGGGGACCUUGUUGUAUGUAGCUGGGAUUACUCACUAUUUGAAUUGCACUAGCAGCACCCUUUCAGGAUUGUGCUAGUUGAUUUUCAGGCAUAAGAUAGUUUCUGCCACGAAUAAUUUAUCAUUUAAAAAGUUAGAGAAAACAUGAGGGGAUAAGCACACGCCAGACAGCUGUUUUGUUACCUUCAAACACUUGCACAGCUGACUUUUACUUGUAAGAGCCCCAGGUCUGGAGUUGAAUGGAUGCAGUCAGUAUAGAAUGACGUGCAUAGUCAAAAUUAUGUAGGGAAUCUUAAAAUAUCACAUACUUGCAUUUUGCACAGGUCUGGCUAUCACUAAAUAUUUAUGAAUGAAAUAAACAUUCAAAACAGGAAAAAAAACCUAUUAUCUACUAAGGAUUUAUGAGAAAAUAAUUUAAGUUUCUUGCAGGCUGGACCAUUAACCAAUGUGACCAUAUGUAAGGACAAAGAAGGAAAACCCAAGUCUUUUGGAUUUGUCUGCUUUAAGCACACAGAAUCAGUGCCUUAUGCUAUAGCUUUGCUGAAUGGAAUCCGUUUAUAUGGAAGACCAAUUAAAGUACGGUAUCGAUAUGGGAGUUCCCAUUCACCAGAGUUAAACAGCCCUAGUCAAGGUGUUGAGAACUGGGUUGAUAUGUAUUCACCAACAUAUAGGAAUCAAGAACCUUAUGGCAGUCCUCCCUUUCCUACUACUCCUUUUCCAAUGAACAAUUGUUUACCUCAGGAUUAUUCAGUCUUUCAAAAGAUGAUGAACCAUUUUUUAACACAGCAAUACGCAGUGUACAGUCCAAUGGAACAGCAGAUUCCUUACUAUCAAAUGACUCCACCACCAUUUUCAGUUUUGCCCAUGCCACCUUAUAUGAAUCCUGUUGAGGAUUUUAAAGCUGGGCAAAGCUCUUUUCAGUGGGUUCCUCCACAACUGAGCAACUAUGAAUCAUAUCUGGCUAAUGAAAAUACCUGUAAAAGAAAAAGAGAGCAGGUAACUAGUGAUAGUGACAGUAGCAUGGAAAAUGACAGAAAAAAACAAAGAGAACAUAGCCCAAAAUACAGGAAGUGUAAAGUAAAGAAAAAAAGGCAUUAAUAUUGUAUGAUUGCGUUCACAAUUUUUGAACUGCACUUUAGUUUGUUCUUUUUAUUUGAGAGUGAAUAUCUCAUUUUUGCACUUUACAAAAAAUAGAUUCAUAAGAUUCAUUAUUAUUAUUUUUGGAAUGUCAUAGGUUGUAUAUAUAAAGUGUCCUGAUAUUGCAUUUAAUCUUAACAUAUUUAGAAGAAGAAAUCCUUCCAAAAAAAGAUACAGGAAAAGUGUUGUAAAAGUUGAACAUUUUCCUAAUAAAGAACAGAAACAG